UUUGCUUUGAUGAAUGAAAUAAGCUCUUGGCUGAAGUGAUCUGAUAACCCGAUAAUGUUUUAGCAUGCUGGUUUUGUGAAUUAUUAUCGGAUUUUUACGAAUUUUACGACAAUUUAGACCAUUUUAAUAGUUCAGUACGGCGAACACAAACCAUCAGUUUCCGGUGUUUGUGUUUUAUUGAUUUGUACGCGGCCGGUAUCCCGAUUCGUGCGAGUUUUCCGAGCAAUGGUAUUCUAUUUCAUCAGCAAUGUUGUGCAGCCGCCGGUGACACUUUUCAUGGGCAUCGAUAAGUAUGAGAAUGAGGAACUAAUCAAAUGGGGCUGGCCGGAAGAUGUUUGGUUUCAUGUGGACAAAGUGUCGUCGGCGCAUGUAUAUCUACGGUUGCAACAGGGUCAAACCCUCGAUGACAUCCCAUCGACUGUGUUGGAGGACGCAUGCCAGCUGGUCAAAGCCAACAGUAUUAACGGCAACAAGAUGAAUAACAUCGAUAUUGUGUAUACUAUGUGGGAGAAUCUCAAAAAGACUCCAGCCAUGGAAGUCGGACAGGUCACGUUCCACAAGGACAAAGAAGUACGAAAGAUGCGGGUGGAGAAACGUAUUAAUGAAAUCGUAAAUCGGCUCAAUAAGACCAAACGGGAAGAGCAUCCGGAUUUUAGAGCCGAACGCGAGAAGCGGGAUGCCGACGAACGUGCCGAUAAGAAACGAGAGGCGCGAGAAGUACGCGAAAAGGAAAAGGAAGACGAGAAGCGACGCAAAGAGGAAGCCGAACUGUGGAGCUACAACUCGCUGAUGAAAACUGAGAACAUGUCGACUAACUACGACGCGGGAAACGAUUCGGACGAGUUUAUGUAGUGUGGCUAAAUCUCUUGGAAUAAAUUAUGUAUUGUAUGAUUACAAUAUUAUACUGUAGACGAAAUAUUUUCAAAACUU